AUGUUCUUCUCGAAGCUCAAAUACUUCAUCCAACUAUUUUCACUUAUUUUUUCCCUUAUUUCCAAUAUAAUCUUAGUAUACCUAAUCCUGACAAAGUCGCCAAAAAAAAUGGGAUCGUAUAAAUAUUUGUUGAUAUACUUCUGCUGUUUCUCUAUGUUGUAUUCAAUACUUUAUAUUAUUGUGGAACCGUACAUCCAUAGUCAUGGCUCGUCGUACUUCAUGAUGAUGAAACUGGGAAUUUUGAAGUCAUAUCCAGAAGUUGGAUUCAUAUUAAUUUUACUGCUAUGUGGAUGUUUUGCGGUCUCGAUCACUACGAUAAGCAUUCAAUUUGUUUUCCGAUAUUUCGCAGUGGAAAGAAAAGGCGGUCUCCGUUUCUUUCGCGGCAAGUAUCUCAUUUUUUGGUUUAUAUCUCCCUUACUAGCAGGUUUCAUUUGGUUCACAUUGGCUUGGUUUACACAGUAUCCUAGCCCACAAAUGAAUGACUACAUCAGUGAAAUAGUAUCUACAAAUUAUGGAGCCAACGUGUCGGAUAUUACUUACUGUGGCUGCGUGUUCUAUCCACUCGAUGAAACUGGAGUUCCUCAUUUGGAUUACAAGCAUCUAUGGGCAUAUGUUGGAUAUUGCAUUACUAUGGGAACAUUAUUUCUCACUCUUGUCAUAUUUGGUCUGAAAACCUACAAGCUGGUCCGUGAACUUUCAAAACAUGGGGAGUCCGAGUACACCUACAAAUUGCAAUCACAACUUUUUAGAGCAUUAGUGGCUCAGGCAUUCAUCCCAAUAACAUUCCUAUUUCUUCCAAUUGGAAUACUUUUCACAGCACCUCUUCUUCAUUUUGAUAUCGAACCGGCUAGUUUCUUGGUCACUAUAUUCUAUUCAAUAUAUCCAGCUGUUGAUCCACUUCCUAUUAUUUUUAUAGUUGUGGAUUAUAGAGAUGGAUUGGUCGAACUUCUACGCUACUUCAUUGGUCAGCGGAACAAUUACAUAACUCCUUCUACCACCGAUCAUCGCAUUGCUUCAGUUUCUUAA